CGACUCCAGGAGUUAUUCGUCAGAAACGAACCUGCUCAACCUUGCACCCAGAGGUUCAGACGUCCAUCGCCCUUCGACUCUGGAGUAUUCUCGCUCUGCUGAAACACCUUGUGAGUCAACUACCAAGCUACACUCACGGGCCAUCGAAGCAAUCCUCACGGUCGAGGUCGACAAUUGCAGCUCAACCUCUUGUUCCUGAAGUCGUCCCGUUUACCGCCGAGCAGUGACUCUCCCCGUCGUUGAUGAGGGUUCCAACCGAAGCGCUUCGACCCUGAGCGCCAGAGCGCGAGCAUCCUGCAUCCUGAUUCACUGACUCUUCGCUGGCGCUUUACCUUAUUGAACAGUCGUCCAUUUCAUCCAUUAGAAUCGUGGCGAACCACCCAGCAUCCCAUCCUCGCAUCGUGCUGCUUGGGCACCUUGUUUCCCGAACACAGCGCCCUCUCCCUCGAAGUCGAAUUUCGAAUUGAUUACUUCCCACUGUUUUCGCAAUUCUAACCACCAGCUGACAGGGUUUAUGCUUAAGCCUGGAAAUUGAUAGCUUAUCCCUAUUUCACCCUCGCACCCGGGUCUCUGGCAUCGCGUUUCCCCCUCCAUUCCCUGCCCGUACUAGUUCUUAGCUGAAACAGAAAAAGCGGAUGUGGUAAAGCUGCCUGCCUUCCCCCAUUUAUAUCUGAUCCUGCGCAAUCGGCCCAAGCUUUCUCCUUCACCCUAGAUUCGGCCCAUCGAGAGAGCCGUGCUGCCAACGCUAAUUCGUUCCUGCUGGAUUUUGAAUAUAAGAUCGGCUUUCCGGAUGCUCUUGAGUGAAGCAUCCACCGGGUGUUAGAGAUUCAUAUUUGUUGAUUAGGAUUAAGAUGAUGGCAGAUCAGAAUGUUGCCGGUAGUCAACAGAGUCAGGACCUCGUGACAAUCAGCGAAGUUGUGAAUACCGGUCAUGGCAGCAGCAAUGCAACGGCAAGCAACAGGGGUCAGAAGGCUGAUAUACCACCGCCAAAGACCGAGAAGCCCCGGCCACAUGUCUGUGUAAUUUGUACUCGUUCUUUCGCACGUUUGGAACAUCUCAAACGUCACGAGCGAUCUCAUACCAAGGAAAAACCAUUUGAAUGCCCGGAUUGCACAAGAUGCUUUGCGAGAAGAGAUCUGUUACUGAGGCACCAACAGAAGCUGCACAUGACUACAACACCAUCAUCUCGUCCCCGUAACGUGCGAAGGGAAAGUACAAGUAGUUCCACUCGCGUUAGGAAGAAUUCGAUUGUGAAUGGGGGCAAUAACAUGAGGCCAAGGGCCAACACCAUCAGCCAUGUUGACCGACCCAACGUGGGAAUAAUCAAUAAUCCCGACUCGUCGAAGACGCCGCAAGCUGGCCAUGCGCAUCACCCAAGUCUUAGCUCGGUGCCGAGUAUGCCGGGGCUGGAGUACCGUGGGAUGCCUUCUGAUAACCGUCACGCCACGAUAAAUGGUCUUACCAAGCUUGAUACGACUGCCAUCCCCCCCAACAUGUCCGACGGUCUUCGAACAGCUCCGGUUUUUGGUAGCUUUGGCUCAGAUUUUGGUCUUGGUGACAUGAUGCUGGGCCAAGGAAGCACUAUCAAUCCCGCUCAACUGCAUUUCUCGGGUUCUCCCAACGCCUUCCUGGACACUCCCACUUCCCCAUUUACUCCCGCGUUCUCGAAUAUGCCGGCCGCCCGUAACAUGUACGAUGACGAUAUCAAGUAUGACGGCUUCGACAACAUCAUGAGGCUUAGUACCAACGAGUCAGCCAUUGACAACUCGUCUCCCUCGGCGAUGAGUACGGGGAGCCCAAGUGGUAUUAGCGAGGCUAUCUUAGACACCUCCAAUCACAUCGUAACAUCGUCCUCUGGCCCUUGGUCGAGCACAUUGCUCUCUCAGAGCCAGCCUAGUCAGUUUGGCUUGGAUUUUCCUCAGACCACGUUCCAGGAUCUUUCCGCGCACACUGGAACGGUAUCUCCGAAGUCGCUCCUGACCCCAAUUGCUGACCAGUCGUUUUCAACAUCACCAUCUCUUGGGACAAUGGGAACUUCGGUCCUAUCCGGCCUUCCCACUAACAUGUUCCAAAAUGCAUCACCAAGUGCCACAGGAUUUGAGGCGAACUUUUUGCAGACUGGGUUGCCGUCAUAUGCAAAUACGAUUACAGAAUCGACUCGCCAGGCCCUUAUGACAACUCUCCAGCGGCCUGCAACAUUUACUCACCGUCGAUACUCCCAACCAGCAUCGUCUUCGACCUUUCCGGCCGGCAAUUUACGGUCAGCGAUGUUUGAGAACACUCCAUCGGCUCUGCCAAGCACUAGUGACCUCCAGCGUUAUAUAGGCGCAUAUAUUACCUAUUUUCACCCUCAUUGGCCGUUUCUCCAUAUUCCAACCCUUGAUUUCAAGGCGCCGGAACAUGCCAACAGAUUUAAAGGGGCUAAUGGGUAUGGCAAUGCGACGACAUCGAAUCCUUCGGGGGACAAUGGCUGUUUGAUACUCUCAAUGGCCGCUAUUGGUGCUUUGUAUGAGUUCGACACCGCAACUUCGAAGGAGCUUUUCGAAUCUGCGAAGAGGAUGAUCCAACUGUACCUUGAAGAAAGACGCAAGGCAGACUCGGGCGUUCUUAAUCGCUCGAAUUCUGGACGUGACAACUCAGUGCAGAAUACUCCUUUAUGGCUGGUUCAAGCAAUGUUGCUUAAUGUCAUAUACGGACAUAACUGCGAUGACAAAACGGCAGCUGACAUUGCAAGCACCCACUGUGCGGCCUUAGUAAGCCUUGCGAGAGCGGCGGAACUCACCCAGCACCACCCCCCUGAGAGUCUUCCAGCAGAUCAGUUUGGUUAUGCUUCAACCUCAAUUGACGCUCAUCUGAACGGCAACUACAUGGAUUUUUGGGGCGUCCAGGCGCCGGAGGUCUCUCCAGAAAGGAUCGAAUGGUUGAAAUGGAAGGUAGUAGAGGAGCGGAAACGGACUUUAUAUGCUAUCUUUACUUUAUCGAGUCUACUCGUGUCUGCAUAUAAUCAUGCUCCCGCUCUUACUAACUCUGAAAUUCGUCUAACUUUGCCAUGCGACGAAGAACUCUGGGCAGUGGAUUCCCCUGAAGCCUGGGUGGCAUUGGGUGGCCAAGCGCACGCGGAACAGAAUGCAGUUAAAUUUUCGGACGCCUUGAAGAAGCUUCUGAUAGCAGGACAACACAACCAUUCUCCGCAUAGCCAAUUUGGAUCUGGUAUGCAAAUGGACGGAUUGCCUCCCACAGAUCUUAAACCGAGCCCUUUUGGAUGUUUGGUCCUGAUCCUUGCUCUCCAUAAUUACAUUUGGGAAACCCGUCAGCAGCACAUGGGAAAGCAAUGGACAAGUCAGGAAACUGAAGCCCUAUAUGUGCAUAUUGAGCCCGCUUUCCGUGCAUGGCAGGCCGCCUGGGGUAGCAAUCCGCAUCGCAGUUUGGAACGACCAAAUCCGUUUGGUGCGGGCCCCUUAUCCGCGGAUAGUAUACCUCUUUUGGAUCUUGCGUAUGUUAGGCUUUAUGUCAAUCUGGGUCGAUCCAGGGAAGCCUUUUGGCAGCGUGAUUGGAAUGCGAUGGUUAACGAACUUUCCCGAUCCGCCGAAGUUCCCCAACCUUCCAGCGGAAGCCCUGGCCCAGAAUUCGCGCAAGAUCUACUCGCCGAAUUUAAUACCCUAGAUGUUGGAGUUUCCAAUGAUCCUAGCUUAGAGACACCGUUUCAAGGAACCUCUUGUCGUCGAACAAAAUCAUCAAAAAGCGAACGGCAUCUGCGAAAGGCUGCGUUCUAUGCAGUGGAUUCCAUCAACAUGGCGGACAGAUUUGGCAACACUUUUUUUGAAUUUACGUCCAGGGAACUUCCACUUCAGAGUGCAAUGUGCCUAUUUGACUGCGCGCAGGUAUUGGCUGAGUGGAUCAGUACUGUCCAGGACCGGGUUGGGCCCUAUCUGGGAAUUCUUGGCCAAGUUCCCACCGAUUUGAGCCAGGUUCCCGUACUCAUGCUGCUGGAAGACGAAGAUUUUAAACUGAUUCAGAAGAUCGAGGAUUUUCUCCAUAGCGUCGAAACGAAAAUGAAAGACAGCGCCCCGAGUCCAUGUUCGAGCAGCGGCGAAGCGUGGGAUUGCUUGCCUAGCUUGAUGGAAGGUGGAUAUGCGACCAAGGUCUCAUUAUCAAUAGCUUAUUUGCUGGAUCGUGCGGGAGUCUGGCCUGUGAUCAAGUUAAUGGCCAGGGCACUUGAAACUCAAGCACGUCGUAUGAGAGACCGAGCCCAGAAUUCCCUCUCUGGCUAAGCUAGUUGGCUCUACCCUUUCGCAUGAGCCUUGCAGCCUUUUGUGAGCCCGCGGAUGCUUGUGGACUUAGUGAAAAUACCUUGUCAUACACUUACUCCCAGUCAUCGGGCUCUUCGAUUUCGGUUGAUUGACAACUUACCGUAUCCAACCUUAAUGCCCAGAAAGCUUUCCGAUACGCCUUCCCACUUUCGAUCUGGUUUCUUUCCAGCUAACGUUUCGUUCUACCACGAUUUGGGGCCAUAUUUGACGGGCGUCUGGUGUCCAAGGCACAUUUAUGUUUGAUUUGACUUCGCCAUCUCGUGUGAUCUUUUCUCCAUCUGGGAUUUCCACUGGUGUUUAUACCUCUAUGACCCACUGAUCUAUUGAAAACAUUUCGUGUCUGAUGAAUCUAACGACCUGAUCCUUUCCGUCAUGGCAAAAUAGGCCCUGUUUUAAUAAUCUUGUGCUCUGGUUUCCUGUUCGAAGUCACGUAUCACUUUCAUUUCAUUUUACCUAAUUCCCCCGCAAGCUUUCCUCGCACCAUUUUAAAUUUUUCUAGCCAUUCUCGUCUUCGCUGAUAAAGCUCUAGAAUAUACCCAAAAUAGAGCCUGGCAUCACGAAAGGUUGAUCUGGUGCAAGACUCGAGGGUUCGUGACGAGGUCGAUGCAUGGACUACGGAAAAUAAAAAUUCGAAAGAGUUAUGUGGAUGUUGGAGAAGAUGAUGUUAUUUCGCGAUUUCCGUCAGGUACCCCUUUCUACAUGUCUAUCUUCGCUUUCCCGCCCCUGCACCAUCCUACGUUGUAAUGCUGGCGGUUUUAUGUUUUACUUUCUCUCUUUCUUUUCCCUUCCCAUUUCACCUUCAUUUAUCCCCUUUUCUGCAUAUGCCCUGAUCUUUUUUAAUGUUUGUGUUCACUGCAUUCUUUGAAUUUCUGUGUUUCUUGUUUGGCCAUUUGUUGAGAGUACGGCCUCUUUGUCUCUAGUGCUGUGACUUGGUAUGGAAAUGCCACAUGACGGAUGAAAUGAAAACAGAUUUGUGAUUUGCAA